UUGACAAGAUGCCUGUGCAAAAUGACAGGGGCCUCUUACUAAAAGUGGAAUCAGAAGGGCUGGUGGGAGUUUGCCCAGCAGCUGGAGGUCUAGAAACACAUGGAGCACCGCUGAAGCUGGACUGAGUUCUCCUGCGCCUGAGCUCAAGUCUGGGGAGGAAGGGGCUUUGGGGAAGACUGAAGAAGGCAGGUGCUCCUUGCAGCAAUGGAAGCAGAAAGCACCAUCCCUUAAGAGUGGGAGCUUGAACAUUUCUCACGCAAAAGAAAGAAAGAAAACCUGCUCAAGUCAUGGGAGCUGAAGAAGAAGAAGUGGUUGUCACUCUUUCUGGAGGGGCUCCUUGGGGAUUUCGGCUGCAGGGGGGCUCGGAGCAGAAGAAGCCCCUUCAAGUAUCAAAGGUCCGCAAAAGAAGUAAAGCAUGUCGUGGUGGACUGUGGGAAAAUGAUGAACUAGUCUCCAUCAACGGAAGACCAUGUGCUGGCCUCUCACAUGCAAGUGCCAUGCAGCUCAUUGAUUCUUCUAAUGGUCUCCUCAGCAUCGUUGUUAAAAGGGCAACUACUGGAGACCAGUCCAAUGUGAGACUCCUACAUUCCCCUCCUCCCAGGCAACUGCAAGUAGUUUCACCAACUUCGCCUCUUGGCCAGGUAUCUCAGGUGCGUAGUCCUGAACCGGCAAGUCCCUGUGUAAUUCUAGAACCUGAGCAGCAGCCCAAAAGACAGCAGCACUUGGAGAUCCUAACAUCCCCUCCAGACAGUGAAGCAUACUAUGCUGAGACGGAUAGUGACGCUGACAACAUUGCUCAGGAAAAGCAGCGGAGAGCGCGCAAGAAGGGCCCCCGUUCUCCUCCAGAGGGAGGGAACAACAAGGUGGGCGAGACACCGGAUGAAGUGUCUCUCUCAGAGCUGAGUGGGUAUGAGAGCACCCCUGAAGCAACAACACAAGCUAGAGAAGGAGGAGAAGGCCUCAGUGGGGUGGCCAAGAGGGAGAUUGUCUGCCAGCCAGGAAGUCGCACAGACACCCCUUUUUCCGAGAGUGAAGCUUUGCUCCAGCCUCCUUUCCUUGAGGACCGAGAGCCAUCCCCAGAGGCCAUGCUUCUACCACAUAAGACUAAGAACAUUCGAGCAGAGAGGCACCUGAUCCCUAUGAUAGGGCCUGUGGAGCACCCUGUCGACGAGGACCUGACUACCAGCUAUGCUGAGAAAGCCAAGGAAGCCAAGCUUCAUCGCAGUGAGAGCAUGCAAGAAAAGAACAUGAAAGAAGCCAAAACCAAGUGCCGAACCAUUGCAUCUCUGUUGACAGAUGCACCCAACCCGCAUUCCAAGGGUGUCCUGAUGUUCAAAAAGCGCAGACAGAGGGCCAAGAAGUACACCCUUGUCAGUUUUGGGAGUGUUGAUGAAGACCGUUGCUAUGAUGAAGAGGAUGGUGUCUUUCCAACCAGUGAGUCUGAAUUUGAUGAGGAAGGCUUCUCUGAUGCCAGGAGCUUAACAAACCAUUCAGACUGGGACACGUCUUACCUCGAUAUUGAGAAGCCGAAAGGGGAUCCUGCACAUGAGCAGGACCAACCACAACAGGUCCUCAGUGAAGCCUCAGGCAGGGGAGCCCAGUUGUUUGAGCAGCAGAGGCAGAAAGCUGGUAAGCAUACUGUGGAGAAGGUCCCUAACCAGAAGUUGGAGGAACAACCCCCAGCCUCUGUUGUUCUGCCAACUCACAGAGUGGGGGGUGAGGAAGGCCCUAUACCACAGAGGGCAGAAAAGGCUCCACUGAGCGUCCAUUUAGAAUCUGUGCAAGUCUCCAGCCAGCUGCCAUCCCCUAGCCCUGCUCAACUCCAGUCUCCCUCUGGCAUCUUUGGAGGAAGUGCCCACAUUUCUCCAGGUACCCCAAGCCUCUUCAACCGAUCUGCCCGUCCUUUCACACCUGGGUUCAUUGGACAGCGCCCUGUAACAUCUUCAGUUGUGUUUAGACCAUCAGUGCCAAAGAAAAGCAGUGAGAGUUUGAGUGAACAGAGAACAUCCACGUCUCCUUUCUUUCCUGGCUCUACAGUGUUUUCCCCCACACCAUCGGCAAUGCAGUCUAAUGGGCCAGCAAGUACAUCUGUAUCUCUGUAUAUCCCAACAACCCCCUCACCAAUGCAGCCAACAGGAAUUGGGAAUACAGCAGAAGCUAAACCACUUUCCAAUACAGCCAGAACCUCCACAGCUUCCAUUUAUCUUUCAGCUCCUUCUAAGCCAGCUCCAGGUGUGGUCGCUGCUACAUCCCCACCAUCUUUGCCUUCACAAACCCAGGAUACAACUGCUUCCACGUUGUAUCUUAGCCCCACCACACAGCCUUGCCCCACCAUUGCACCUGCUAUUCCACGGCCUGCCUCUGAGCCCUUUGCCUCCAGAGAGCAGAGGGUCUCAUUACCAGCUCCCAGAACUGGAAUCUUGCAGGAAGCCCGUCGACGGAGCAGCAAGAAGCCCAUGUUCAAAACUGUGGAAGAAAAGAAAAAGAAUUCUCCUAAUCCAGAGUUACUGUCUCUCGUGCAGAACCUGGAUGAAAAGCCCAAGGGAGACCAUCAUGGGGCAGGAUUUGAGUCUGGGCCUGAAGAAGAUGUCCUCAGUUUGGGAGCAGAAGCCUGCAACUUCAUGCAGGCUUCAGGCCGGAGGUUCAAGACCCCACCUCCAGUAGCACCUAAACCUCAGCCAUCACAGGCUGCAGGAGGACUGGUGAAUGGCAUGUCUCCUUUGAAGGGGAAAGGCGCAGAGCUUUUUGCAAAGCGACAGAGUCGCAUGGACAGAUUUGUAGUGGAGGCAGCACCAUCCUCAGCCUCAAAGCCCAGAACCCCAUCCCCAGCUCCUUCCCUGCCUUCCUCUUGGAAGUACUCCCCAAAUAUCCGUGCUCCGCCCCCCAUAGCUUACAACCCACUGCAUUCCCCAUUUUACCCAUUGGCAGCCAGCAAAUCUCAAGGAAUCAAGGCAGAGAGCAAAGUGAAAAAGCCACCUAGUCAGAAGUCAGGAAUCAAGGCCAUUGACUUCAUGAGACAUCAGCCAUACCAGCUAAAUUCUGCCAUGUUUUGUUUUGGGGAGACUCCAAGCUCUGGAGGUGGUGCUCAGUCGGGAACAGCCCAGAGGGGCCAGCAGUCCAGCUUAUCAUUCACUCCAGCCAAGCAAGCACCUGUGAAAACUGCGAGGACCUAUGAGAUCCGUCGCUUCUCCACCCCUGCCCCAAUGCCAGUUUCAAAUAGCUUGGCCCCUACUGUUCUGGCUCCCCGUUCUGCCACCACCUUGGAUGAGCCGGUGUGGAGGACAGAAAUGACCUCCACUUCCGCUCCCGUCUCCCCUGGGCCCUUUCAAGUGGCUCCCCCCCAUUACCAAAGCUCUCCCGAACUCAGUGAAGCAUACAGAGUGGCCUCUCCCAGUCGUCCCACCUCAUCCUCUAGUUUCCAGGUAGCCAGGCCUAGAUUCUCAGCAGCCCAAACUGGGAUGCAAGCGCAUGUGUGGAGACCAGGCUCUAGUCAUCAUUGAAAAAAAAAGAGCUGAUUCUCCUGUCCCUACCACAGGACCUCUCCUCCCCUAUCACUCUUUGGGUGUACAAAUAAAAUUCC